AUGAGUUUUGGUUUUCAAAAUCCAGUUGACCCUAAUCAGGGUCAAGAAAACCAACUCUUCAUUCACACCCCAGCCACUGUACUAUGUUGUAACUGUGGCCAACCUAUGGAUGGUACUAAGGGACUUGUUAUGUGCUAUGACUGUAUUAGACUAACUUGUGACAUUACUCAAGAAAUUCCAAGAGAAGCAAAUGUCAACUUUUGUAGAAAUUGCGAACGAUUCUUGCAACCACCUAGUCAAUGGGUGGCUGCUCAGCUCGAGUCAAGAGAACUAUUAGCAUUACUACUACGUCGUCUGAAAGGUCUUCAAAAAACCCGUCUGGUGGAUGCGAGAUUCAUUUGGACUGAACCCCACUCUAGACGUAUCAAAGUGAAACUCACUGUUCAAGGUGAAGCUAUGGCGAAUGUUAUCAUUCAGCAAAGUUUAGAAGUUGAGUAUGUUGUCAUCGCAACACAAUGUCCCGACUGUGCUAAGCAGUUCACUGUCAAUACAUGGAGGGCUGCAGUUCAAAUUCGCCAGAAAGUUACACAUAAACGUACGUUCUUCUAUUUGGAACAGCUAAUUUUAAAGCACAAUGCACAUAUGGAUACAGUAUCCAUAAAAGAAUCACGAGAUGGCAUCGAUUUUUAUUAUCAACACAAAAAUCAUGCUGUGAAGAUGUUAGACUUUCUAAGUGCAGUGAGCCCGAUGAAAUAUAAGAGAUCGGAGGAACUUAUUUCCCAAGACACCCAUACAGGUAAAAGUUCUUAUAAGUUCACUUUUUCGGUUGAGUUGGUACCAAUUUGUAGGGAUGACCUUGUCAUCAUUCCACGAAAGAUUGCUCAGUCUAUGGGAAACAUAUCCCAAGUGGUCAUUUGUUCUAGAGUUACAAAUUCAGUGCAGUUCCUUGAUCCAAAUACUCUUCAAAAAGCUGAUAUUAGUUCUGCUGUGUAUUGGCGGGAGCCGUUCCUUAGCUUAUCUGAAGGUUCACAGUUAAUCGAGUUUAUUGUACUGGAUAUCGAACCUCUUGGUCCUACUCGCGGCAAAUAUGCGUUGGCCGACGUUGUUGUCGCUAGGACUGUUGAUUUGGGUCAAAAUACGCAAACAUUUACUAUCCGAACUCAUCUGGGUGGCCUAUUACACCCUGGUGAUCAUGCUUUAGGUUACUAUUUGGUCAAUGCUAACUUCAACAAUGCCCAUUGGGACGAACUCAGUAGGAGAUCUGAAACACCAGAUGUUGUGCUGGUUAAAAAAUUCUAUCCUAAGAGAACAAAGUCGUCAAAGAGGAACUGGAAGCUCCGUCGUAUGGCAAAGGAGUACAAUGAGCAGGAAGAUGGUUCAAGAAUCGCUCAAGCCGAAUUUGAACGUGUGGAAAGGGAUUAUGAGAUGUUCUUGCAAGAGCUCGAAGAAGAUGAAGAACUGCGUUCUACAGUUAACUUGUAUAAAAAGCCGAAUUCACAACAGCAGGCCCAAACAAAGGUGCGGGAUGUUAACAUGGGCGAUGCUGACGGUACUGAUAGAAUUAGCAAUUCUGAUAAUAGUGAUGAUGAGGGAGCUGAUGAAGGACCCACAAUUAAUGUUGACGAACUAUUGGAUGAUUUGGAAGGCAUGACAUUGGAAGAUUCAGAGAUGAAUUAA